AUGUUUACUAUAGUCUUCUAAAUUCAGUAAGAUUGUCUCUAAUCCGUGCCUGUUGAUUUGAUCUUUAAACAAAUGCUUACAAUCAGAGUGGCAAAGGGUCAUCCAGCAAGUUUUGUAGCCAGAAGCUACUUUGGUGCAGUUCUAAUCAGAAGACUGAAAAGAAAACUUCCAUCCCACAUCUUCAGCAAGAUGUUUGCUUGCAGGAAAGGAAACCUGUUUAUGAUUUCUGGAUAAUACAAGUAAGAAUUAAUAAGAGGCAACUGAAAAAGAAGGCACAGAAUUCAACAAAGCACAGCAUCUAUAAUGAGGCUGGGUCAUCAGCUUCCACAAACGGUAGCUAGAGGUGAGGAAAAGUAACUUUUAAAAAAACUGACAUUACAGACCUAAUUAUUUUACAUAUUGCUGAAAGGCUAUAAAAUAGUAGCUAAAGAUUUCAUUGCACAAGUGAAGACUAUUGCUAAUUAAACAAAGAACUGUAUUGCCGUAGGGUCAGCACUCAUUAUGCAUUAUGAGUUACUUUUUGGCUUUCUGCAAGUCCCAUCGUGGGAUGGUUUUUACACAAUACCAGCUGCUCAGAGCUCAGAGACACUUGUGUGAUGUUUCCUUAGUAGUUGAUGGGCAUGAAUUUCCUGCACACAAGUCACUCUUGGCGUGCUCCAGUGACUACUUCAGAGCAAUGUUUAGAGAGUACACAAAGGAAUCUAAAGCCUCUGUUAUAUACCUUAAAGUUAUUUCAGCCCCAGGCCUGCAAAUCAUAUUAGAUUUUAUCUACACAUCAUGGUUAUCACUUUCCAUCAACACUUUGGAAGAUACUUUAGAAGCUGUAAGUUAUUUACAAGUAUUAGAUGCCAUACCAUUGUGUAACCAGUUCUUGAUCAACAAUUGUGACUUAGAAAACUGUUGUUUUUUUGCUAAUAUUGCAGCAAAAUUCUAUCUUUUAGAUGCUUUAGCAAAGGCUGAAAUGUUCAUUAUCAAUAAUUUAUGGAUCUUGUUACAAGAUGAUAUAGAACAAACAGAAUUACUUGAGUUAAAUUUAAAGUCACUGAGUAACAUUAUAAAAUCUGAUGAUGUUCCACGUUUAAAUGAGCAAUGCAUGUUACAUUUAAUGCUAAAAUGGCUUCAGUAUGAUAGGAACAGACUUGUACAUACUAAGGUUCUGUUUGAGAAUAUACGAUUUGGCUUGCUAUCUUUAGACUCUCUGCGGAAAUUAUAUACUCAAACGGAAGUCCCACUUACAGCAUCUAUUAAAAAUAUGCUCAUCAAAGCCAUCAACUAUCACUCUUAUCCUUUAAAACAACCCCUUUUGCAAGAAAAGUCCACCACCUUACGGAACCAGAAAGGUUGGAUACUGCUCAUAGGAGGAACUGCAAAUGGGACAUUUGUGGAAAAUGUUUUAGGAUUUGAUGUGUACACUCAUAGAUGGAAAUCUGUAACAAAUCUAAAACAGAAAGUUCAAAGCCACUGCACUUGCGUAAUUGGAAACUUUCUCUAUGUGCUAGGGGGAGAAACUCCAGAAAAAUCAAAUCAUGACACAAAUAACCUAUCUUUGUCUGUUACCAACAGAGUUUAUCGCUAUGAUCCAAGAUUUGACCAAUGGAUGCAAGUCUCUGAAAUGUUAGAGACAAGAGCUCAGUUCUGCUGUUGUGUUGUAGAUAACUUUAUAUAUGCAAUAGGAGGCAGAAAUAGCCAACAGUCCAUCUCUUCAUCGGUAGAGGUUUAUGACGUUAGCAGAGAUACAUGGGUAAAGUCUAGAGAACUGCCUUUUAAAAUGUAUGGUCAAGCUGGUAGUGUUCACAACAAUAUAAUUUAUAUUUCUGGUGGCAAGACUGCAAACCAAGUGAACAGCAGUAAGGAUGUGUAUUCAUUCAGUCAUUUGAAUGCUCAAUGGAAAAAACAAGCUCCAAUGACUAUAGCAAGGUUUGGUCAUCAAAUGGCUACUGUAAAAGAUUCAAUCUUCACUUUUUUAGGAAUCUACGAACCAUUUUCUGACAUAGAAGAAUAUGAUCCAUUGCAUAAUCAAUGGACCCGUUUGAGGCCACUGGUAUUUGACAGAUUCUGCUAUGGUUUAGUAGUAGUGGAACAAACAGUGCUUCUGAUUGGAGGCAAAAAGUGGCAGGAUUCUCAAGAGGUACCAACCCAGAAUAUUGUUGGUUAUGAUUCAGAAAAUGAUUGCUGGGAAGAAAUAUGUUCAAUGGCUUUUCCCUUCAGUGGUUUACAAUGUGCUAUUCUCCAACUGGCUGAUUCAACAGAAAAUGACAACACAGAGGAAAAUAUCCGGUCACAAACUAAAAUGAGAUAAAGUAACAAAAGUCUGAAGGUUUUAAAAAAAAAAAAAAAAACAUAUUGCACAGACCGCUGGUUUUCAAACCUGAUCUUAGGCCUCCCUAACAGGCCAGAUUUUAAGGAUAUCUGAACCUAGAGCACAGGUGAAAUAAUCAACUGAUUAGUAAACAUGGUUAUUUUACCUGCUCUCACCCAAGGUAAUCCUGAAAAUCUUGCCUGUUGGGGAGGCCUGAAGACAGGAUUAAAAAACAGUGGCAUAGACGCAUAAGGGCUAAACCAAAAGUAACCAAUUUAAAGGGCUAGUCAAAUAUUUUUCCCUUAAUGUACAAAUAUACUUUUACUGAGUGUGCCUGUCACAUGUUUGUAGUACAGAACUAAAAAUUACUUAGAAAAAACCCUGAAAAAGGAUUAAUUGAAUUGAAUAAUAUUAUAGCAGCAUAAAAAGUUAAAUGCACCUCUCUUACAUGAGAAAAUGCUACCUGUCUUAGUAACUUUACAAGAGUUGUUUGUAUGUUUCUACAAGGUUGUAAAGGUUCUAGAGUAGUGCUGCAGGUGAUAUGCAACUCACAUUUAUUGUAUGAUUACACUCAGACCUCAAAGAGAAAGGUAAAGAAGGGAGAAUGGCAUUAAAAAAUAUAUCAAAGUAGGAACAGAUUGUAGAAGAUGAGGGUCACUGAUUUGUGCCCAUUGCCCUUUGAUAUGUUCAAACUUUUGCACCUCAAAAUGUAAUAGUUUAAGGACACCCUUGGUUGAAAUAUCAGUGUAGACUUUGUAGACCAAUAGACUUAAAGGAUAGACCUGUACCCACUGGCCUUUAAUGUGGUAAACUUUUGUACAACAAAAUGUAAUAGUUUAAAGGGACAUGAAACCCAAAAUUGUUAUUUCAUGAUUUAGAUAGAAUAUACAAUUUUAACCAACUUUCUAAUUUACUUCUAUUAUCUAAAUUGUUUAGUUCUUUUGGUAUCCUUUGUUAAAAAGUAAUCCUAAGUAGGCUUGGUAGCUGGGACCUAGCUGCUGAUUGGUGACUGCGUAUAUAUAUGCCUCUUGUCAUUGGUUUACCUAUGUGUUUAGCUAGCUCCCAGUAGUGCAUUGCUGCUGCUUCAACAAAGGAUGCUAAGAGAAUAAAGCAAAUUUGAUAUUAGAAGUAAAUUGGAAAGUUGUAUUCUCUGUCUGAAUCAUAAAAUAAAAAAAAAUUGUGUUUCUUGACCACCCUUGGUUGGAAUAUCAGUUUUCACUUUGCAGACUAAUAGAUUUAAAGGAUUAUUGGUUUAGUAAAUAUCAUAAAAUUAUAGGCUGCAACAAUCUAGUUUAUAAAUGUAUUUGAUUUACUAACAAUAAUGUUAUGGGUUCAGUUUACUUUUAAUGCUGAAUUUUAAAAUGGAAAUACUGUUGGUGCAAUAUAAAUGCCCUUGUAAAGUAUUUAUUUAUGAAUAAAUAUCUUUACAAGUAUGCUGCCAACGGAAUCAUUAAUGGAAAAGCAGUUGUGAUAUCCCUGGGAAGUGUAAACAGAAAUAAAAAUGGAGCUGUUAAGAAUUUUUUUUUAUAAGAAGUAGUUUGUUUAAAAACACUGAAUCCAGCAAAUUAGUAGAAAUGAUGUGAAACAUUUGGAUCAUAACGUCCAAGGAUUAUGUAAUGCACAACAGAUUAUAGAUUAUUCCUUGAAGUAGUGAUUGGCUGCUAAUUCUGUCUAAAUGGAUGUGAUUAGAAUAUUUCACCCAUGUAUUAUAUACUUAUUUUAUAGAAUUUGACCUCUUUUCUGACAGUGACCUAAAUAUCUAAAAAUAUUGUAAGAAGAUAUACACAUACUAGUUUUUCCCACAUUGCACUGUGCACAAUGCUAUGCAUAACUUGUUAUUCCUGCUUAUUGAUACCUAACACAUAAAAAGCAUUUGUAUUAUUGCCAAUGAGCCACCACAUUUUAUGAACUUUGUAUUUUGAAUUGCACAAUUCAUCUUUUUAAACAAUUUUAGAUGGCAAAAGACCCAAAUAAAUGUUGGCUCACCAGCCCAUAAAUGUG